AAGGCGAGCUUGUUGAGCAUUCGGGCUACGAAUUCGAAGCGGUCGUUUUAGACUAUACCGCAACUAGGUCUGCUGUGCAGACAACACCCAGCUAUGUCAAGAAUACAAUCGAUCAUCUGAUCGUGUGCGUCAAGUCUACUCAGACCGUUACAGCCUUACGCCCUCUGGUACCCCGGCUUACGCCCGCACCGUCAAUCCUGCUCCUCCAAAAUGGUGCUGGCAUGAUUGAAGACGUCAAUGAGGAUAUAUGGCCGAACCCAAAGACACGACCCAGCUAUAUAACCGCGUCAUCUCGCAUGGCGUGACGCUCAAAGGCCCGUUCGACAUCAAGCACACUGGCCCUGCUGCCACUUCUCUUGGGCCUGUCCCGCGUGGCGAUGGUAUCGAUCAAACAAUAUCACCCUCAGCCGCCUUCCUUUUAGGGGCGCUAUCUCGAGCUCCACGCCUAAACUGUCAGUCAUACGGGUGGCUCGAUAUUCUGCAGCGGCAGCUAGAAAAACUCGCGGUAAAUGCAUUCAGCAACCCCCUGACGGCUCUGGCCGACUCGACAGUCGAGUAUUUCUUCAGUAUACCUGAAGUCCGCAGCGCACUCAUGCACGAGAUGUCCUCUGUGAUCUUUGAACUACCCGAGCUUCAGAGUGUGCCGGGUGUACAGGAGCGCUUAUCCGCGAAAGGACUCGAGGCUACUGUGAUGGAGGUUAUUGUGCAGAACAGGAGUACGACGUGCUCUAUGGUUUGGGACAUGAGGGCUGCAAGAGAGACGGAUAUACGGUAUAUCAAUGGGUACUGGGCGAGACGGGGUAGAACGAUGAGAUAGUGCAGAAGAUACAGGCGAUAACAGCUGAGAGGCAGAAGUGUCGAAGCAAACAAGGAGGGUCAAGAUAAAUGAUAAGCGUCGAAGCAGAGCGAGACUAGAGAGC